AUGUCUCUCAGGCUGUCUGAGGGUGACUCCUUCAAGUUGCGCUGCUCAGCAAUUACCGCCUCACCAGAGCACACUCACCUGCAUGUGACUUGGCAGAUCAAAAGUGGAUCAACUUGGCGAGACAUCCUAUCUUUGACUCAUGAGGGCAAAUUUCAGCCAGGUCCUGGCUAUGAAGAGCGCUACCGUAAUGGAGAUAUCCGCCUGGACACGGGAGCAAAUGACACAUAUUGGUUAUCUGUAUCCCAGGCCUCGCUCGGUGGCUGUGCCCGGGGCGGCGGCGUACGUGACCGCCGGCCGUUCAGUUGCCCCAGUCCUCCCGGGGCCCGCCCUACAACGCCCGGCGGCGGCUUGCUUCGUGUUUUCAAGCGACAGCUGAAACUUGGCAUUUCUGUUGCAGUUGGUGUAAUCAGAUGUCCAGUAUGCCGCCAAGAAUGCAGACAGAUAGAUCUGGUGGAUAACUACUUUGUGAAAGACACGUCAGAAACGCCGAGCAGCUCCGAUGAGAAGUCCGAACAGGUGUGUACAAGCUGUGAAGAUAACGCUAGCGCUGUUGGAUUUUGUGUAGAGUGUGGGGAAUGGCUGUGCAAGACUUGCAUAGAAGCUCAUCAGCGAGUAAAAUUUACUAAAGAUCAUAUGAUCAGAAAAAAAGAGGAUGUAUCUUCAGAGGCCGUGGGAGCAUCUGGUCAACGUCCUGUUUUCUGUCCUGUCCACAAACAAGAGCAGUUAAAACUUUUCUGUGAAACAUGUGACAGGCUGACAUGCAGAGACUGUCAGUUACUGGAACACAAAGAACACAGGUAUCAGUUUUUGGAAGAAGCUUUUCAGAACCAGAAGGGUGCAAUUGAGAACCUGUUGGCCAAACUUCUUGAGAAGAAGAAUUAUGUAAAUUUUGCAGCUGCCCAAGUUCAGAAUAGGAUAAAAGAAGUAAAUGAAACUAACAAACGAGUAGAACAGGAAAUCAAAGUGGCUAUAUUCACCCUCAUCAAUGAAAUCAAUAAAAAGGGAAAAUCUCUCUUACAGCACCUUGAGAAUGUAACAAAGGAGAGACAGAUGAAGUUAAUACAACAACAAAAUGACAUCACUGGUCUUUCGCGACAAGUGAAGCACGUGAUGAACUUUACUAAUUGGGCUAUUGCAAGUGGCAGCAGUACUGCUUUGCUAUACAGUAAACGACUGAUAACAUUCCAGUUACGUCAUAUUUUAAAGGCACGUUGUGAUCCUGUCCCAGCUGCCAAUGGAGCAAUACGCUUCCAUUGUGACCCUACAUUCUGGGCAAAGAAUGUCGUCAAUUUAGGUAACCUUGUCAUUGAAAAUAAACCAACUCCUAGUUACACUCCUAACGUAGUGGUUGGACAGGCUCCUCCAGGAACAAACCAUGUUAACAAAGCUCCAGGACAAAUCAAUCUAGCGCAGCUUCGACUUCAGCAUAUGCAGCAACAAGUGUAUGCACAAAAGCAUCAGCAACUGCAGCAGAUGAGGAUGGGGCAGCCAGCUGGGUCAGUUCCCAGGCAGACAAGUCCACAAAUCUUACAGCAGCAGCCUCCCAGGUUGAUCAGCAUGCAGACCAUGCAGAGGGGUAACAUGAACUGUGGGGCUUUCCAAGCACAUCAGAUGAGAAUGGCUCAGAAUGCUGCUCGUAUACCAGGAAUACCACGCCACAAUGGACCACAAUACUCCAUGAUGCAACCUCACCUUCAAAGACAACAUUCUAACCCUGGGCACGCAGGGCCUUUUCCAGUUGUUUCUGUGCACAACACCACUAUUAAUCCAACUAGUCCUACUACAGCAACAAUGGCAAGUGCAAACCGUGGUCCGACAAGUCCGUCCGUUACAGCAAUCGAACUCAUUCCUUCCGUAACAAACCCAGAGAAUUUACCUUCCCUGCCAGAUAUCCCACCCAUCCAGCUUGAAGAUGCUGGUUCAAGUAAUUUAGACACACUUCUAAGUAGAUACAUUACAGGCAGCCACCUACCCCCACAACCUACAAGUACCAUGAAUCCCUCCCCAGGACCUUCAGCCCUAUCUCCAGGGUCAUCAGGUUUACCCAACUCUCACACUCCUGUGAGGCCACCUAGUACCUCCAGCACAGGCAGCAGAGGAAGCUGUGGCUCCUCGGGCAGAACUGCUGAGAAGACUAACAUUAACUUCAAGUCUGACCAAGUGAAAGUCAAGCAAGAGCCAGGGACAGAGGAAGAGAUAUGCAGUUUCUCAGGAACAGUAAAACAAGAAAAAACAGAGGAUGGCAGAAGGAGUGCUUGCAUGCUUAGUAGUCCUGAGAGCAGCUUGACACCACCGCUAUCCACAAACUUGCAUCUGGAAAGUGAAUUAGAAGCAUUAGGAAGUCUUGAAAAUCAUGUAAAAACUGAACCAGCAGAUUUAAGUGAAAGUUGCAAACAGUCUGGUCAUAGCCUUGUAAAUGGAAAAUCCCCAGUGCGGAGUCUAAUGCACCGAGCAGCUAGAAUUGGAGGAGAAGGCAAUAACAAAGAUGAUGAUCCAAAUGAAGACUGGUGUGCUGUAUGUCAAAAUGGAGGGGAUCUAUUAUGUUGCGAAAAGUGCCCAAAGGUGUUUCACCUGACUUGUCACGUACCAACACUCCUCAGCUUUCCAAGUGGAGAGUGGAUAUGUACAUUCUGCAGAGAUCUGAGCAAACCAGAAGUGGAAUAUGAUUGUGACAAUUCACAACACAGCAAGAAAGGGAAAACGGCACAAGGCCUGAGUCCUGUGGACCAGAGGAAAUGUGAACGUCUCCUGCUUUACCUGUAUUGUCAUGAGCUGAGCAUUGAAUUUCAAGAGCCAGUUCCAGCCUCGAUACCAAACUACUAUAAAAUUAUAAAGAAACCAAUGGAUUUAUCUACAGUGAAAAAGAAACUGCAAAAGAAGCAUUCCCAACACUACCAGACUCCUGAGGAUUUUGUGGCAGAUGUCCGGUUGAUCUUCAAGAACUGUGAAAGGUUUAAUGAAAUGAUGAAAGUUGUUCAAGUUUAUGCAGAAACACAAGAGAUUAAUUUGAAGGCUGAUUCAGAAGUAGCGCAGGCAGGGAAGGCAGUUGCAUUAUACUUUGAAGAGAAACUUACAGAGAUCUACCCAGACAGGACCUUCCAGCCUUUGCCUGAAUUUGAGCAGGAAGAGGAUGAUGGUGAAAUAACUGAGGACUCCGAUGAAGAUUUUAUACAACCACGUAGAAAACGCCUAAAAUCAGAUGAGAGACCAGUGCAUAUAAAGUAACCUAGCGAUAUGGACCUAAAAAUUAUUGUAAAAACUGUUAUUUAAGUGUUCCUGGAAUAUUAUCAUGCCUGCAGUGGCCAUCUUGAAGAAGCUGAUAGCUUUUUAAACAGUAUUAGAUUACAAAAAACAUUUGUACAGAAAAACAUUCUCAUCAAAAGGGGAAAAAAACCUGUAUUGUAAAUUUUUGGUGACUUUUUUUUUUUCCUUGAUUGUUUGCUAUAUUCUUUUUCCUGAUGGAAGGGACACCCUCAUCCUGGUCUCAGAUAGAGGUGGAUGAAUGUUGAAGAGAAGCAGACUUGAUAAGAGAUGUUCCAUGUACAGAUAAGACUGCUUAGCACAAUGUUCUGCAGAACUGGACCAGUGCAGUUACUGUAUCUUGCAUUCAUGCUGGACUGCAGUGUAAACUGUAAGCAGUGUUCCUGAAAUCUCCUCU